UUAGGUGACCCGCAGGUGAAUCAAUCAAGACUCACUGUUCUUCGAGUUCUCGUAAACUUUCGCGCUCGAGAGAGAAAAAAUCCCUAAUCUACAUUGUCCCACUCUACGAUCUUCGUCAAGAAAUCGAUUGCAUUUCGAAUUCAAUUCAGAAUUCGAAUACAACAAAACUCCGAAUCUGAUCUGCCUGACUUGGCGAUGAAACCCUAGUUCUGAUCCGACAAUCCAGAAAAACCCUAAUCGAAUCUUCGCAUGGAUGCGAAGGACAUCUUGGGGUUGCCCAAAACUCCAUUGUCUUUAUCUCAGGAAAAGAAGUCCAGACCCCAGAAAGAUUCUCAGAGGAAACCAGACGGCGUUUCAAGGGAGGUAUAUGCUCUUACGGGUGGUUUGGCGCCUCUCAUGCCUUCCAUUGACAUCGCGCAACUGAAACGGCGAGCUCAAACAGAAAAUGAAAAGAUUACCUGGCAGUGGCUUCCUUUUACAAGUUCUGCACGGAAAGAUAAUUUGCAGCUUUACCACUGGGUUAGAGUUGUAAAUGGGGUUCCUCCAACAGGUGACUAUUCAUUUGCCAAGUAUAACAAGUCUGUCAACAUUGUCAAGUACACGGAUGAGGAGUAUGAAAAGCAUUUGACUGAUCCUAUGUGGACCAAGGAAGAGACAGAUCAGCUGUUUGACUUGUGUGAACGGUUUGACCUCCGCUUCGUUGUGAUAGCAGAUAGGUUUCCAUCAUCUCGAACUGUGGAGGAACUUAAGGAUCGUUAUUAUACUGUAUCUCGAUCUAUCAUGAUAGCUAGGGCUCCAUCUUUUGCUGAUGUUUCUGGGCAUCCUCUUGUUAAGGAACCAUACAAUUUAACGCAAGAGAUUGACCGCAAGCGUGCAUUGUCAAUGGUCCUCUCUCAAACAAAGCAGCAAGAGCGUAAAGAUGCUGAGGUUCUUGCUGAAGCAAAGAGAAUAUCCGAGUCACGCAUGGUUGCAAGGGGUGCUGAAGAGUCUGAGUUGCCAGUCACAUCCAAUGUAGGUGCGGAAGGUACAGAGAGGGCUAUUGCUCCUGUUGAUAAUGUAUCACCACCUUCCAAUGGUCAAUUUGCCUCUGCCACUGCUGCACUUCCAUCAUCAGCGGCAGAGAGUGCCUCUGUUUCAGGUUCUCUUCGCAUGCUCCGGGUUUACACGAGAACAUAUGCACUUGACCAAAUGGUGCAAGCAGUAAGCUCAUCUGCCGGACUUCGUACUAUCAAGCGGGUUGAGCAAACUUUACAAGAUCUCGGGGUUAAUUUGAAACCGAAGGUUCCAACCAAAGCUGUAUGUGCAGAGCAUCUUGAAUUAAGAAAGGAAAUACUGACUCUACUAAAUCUUCAGAAACAGUUGCAAUACAAGGAGGCGGAAGGUUCAUCUUAUCGUGAAGGUUCAUACACUGAAACACCAAGCACUCCUAAGCGUACGUCACGUGGUGUGGAACAGGACCGGACAUUCAUUCCUGAUUCCAUAGGUUUUGGAGGGGAAAGAUUCAUCAAAAGGGACCAGAAGCGCAAGGCACCGGGACGAUUAGCAGAAGCUCCAUCAUCACCAGCUCAGUCUAAUAAAAGGCCUCGAAAGUUAAAAGCUUCAGACUGAUAAUUUGGCUGUAGCAGCUCCUUGCUAGCAGACUAGCUGUGGCGUCUCGUGGGCUGAAUAGAUGGCAGGUUCUUAACAGCAGAGAAUUUGUCAUUGUUAAAAAAUGUUACUACUAACGGAAGGGAAAGCCCCGUAUGAUUUCAUUAGUAGGAUUAUUAGGUUUGGAUAUCAUCAGAAGUCCGAGGAAUGUCAGAAUCAUCUUGCCGUUCCAAGUAUUCACAUCCUUGUGAUUUCACAACGAAACUGUCCUACAAAGAAGCACCGGAGACUUUCAACACAGUAGUUGGAUUCCUUCUGUGAAGAAGUGGUUUCUGUUUGGUGUAUUUGCGGGUUUAUUGUUAAUGUACACUACUAAUCUAUGUUAGUUUUUUUUUUUCGUGUAAAUAUUAUUUGCAGCGAGUAGAAUUUAGUUGGUAUUUCUAUCUGAGGUACUACUUUCUAAUUGUUUCUUAAGCAAAUAUGAUUCAAGCAUCAAAUUACAAUGUGUUUCACUU